CGCGGAGCGGAGAGCGGUGCGGACCAGUCAGUGUACCCUCAGAGGCCCUCCCAGGCGGACGGGACGGGUGUGACGCCAGCCAGGCAGCCAGGCAGGCAGACAGGCCAGCGCCACGAGCUUCUCGAGUCACUUCGCGACGUGGGUGGAGGACGCCGGCGCCGUGACUUCGCGAGUGUCCGUGCGUGUGCGCGCGUGCCAGUGACGGACUGAGUGACCUGCACCUGUCGGAGGACCUUCAUCAACGCUGUGGAUUUUUUUUCGCAUCGUCUGUGCUGUGGUGACGUGAGCGUGUGUGGUGUGUGUCACCCAGUGUGUGGUGGAUUCAGUGGAUUUGCAGUGCAUGGCUGCUUCGCCAUGCCGCGCGCCCGACCGAGGCUGAGGGCCUUCCCCGCCGAGACAUCGUCGUCGUCAAGGAAAAAGGAUUAAAGUGUGCCAGUGACUCAGUGAUCGUGCGGCCACUUGUGUGGUGUGUGGUGACUCGGUGACGUCGUGAUGACACAGUGAUACUCGUGUGGACAAGGCAGUGCAGGGAAAGUGCUGUUUUCCCGCCGUCAAGCACCACCACGACUCGCCCGUCGCGAAAAUGAGGAUAAAGAUGCCCGCCGUGAGGAUCGCCCAAGGUAUGGAGGGCGCUACGGAGGACGACGAACUCAAGACGUACUGCGAGAAAAUUCAGAAGCUGGACGUGAGCUCAACUAAGAUUGAAGCGGACGCCUCGGACGCGUCGGACGCGGUGGUGACGCCGUCGCAGCCCGACAUCCUCACCUGCGGCGUGUGCCAGAAGCCGUUCGCGCUCGGCGACAUCAUCAAGUUCAUCCAGCACAAGAUGGCCGCCUGCAACAAGGAGAACUACCUGGCGCCGUUCGGCGACGGCGACGCCGUCCGCCACCACGACGGCAGCGACAGCGACGACCAGAACGGCGUGGAGCGCGCCGGCGACGGCCUGCCCCUCGGCGUCGUCAACUCGCGGCGGCCCUCCAUAUCGGCGCCCAUUAAUAGCAAAAAGUCCCUGGUGCCGUCGUCCACCUCCUCCGCGGUGCGCAUCCUGUGCACGCCGCCGUCCUCCCUGCUGGACGCGGACGACCCGCGGUGCUCGACGCCGAUCAAGCGGCGCAACCGGUCCUCGUCGCCACUGAUGAGGCCGUCGUCGCUGCCCGCCAUGAGCAACCACCUCGGCCUGCUCGGCGACGACGAGGACGUGCGGCCCCUCACCAGGAUCAACAUCGGCCGCGAGUCGGCGGAGUCCUCGCCGGACGAGGCCCGCCGCUCCAAGCUGGCCAGGAUCGACGUGGCGGACGCCGAGUCCAACACCAUCAAUUCCGAGCCCAACAACUACGUGUGCAGCACCUGCAAGCAGCGCCUGCACUCGGCCUGGCGCCUGGUGCAGCACGUGCAGAACAGCCACGGCAUCAAGAUCUACGUCGAGUCGUCGGGCGCCGAGCGCGCGGACGCCGCCAAGAAGGACAACAACAACCGAUCCUCGUCGUCCAACUGCUCGUCGUCGUCGGCCUGCUCCAGCGGCAGCCUGCCCGGCCCGGGCACGCCGCUGUCCCUGCCGCCGCCGAGCUCGCGGCUGCACCCGCACCCGCCGCCCAGCUCGCCGCUGCUGGACCCCCUGCACCACCCGUUCCCCGUGGGCGGGCUGCUCAGGCACCCGUUCCCACCCACCUCCAUGUCGUCCCCUCUGGGGCUGGGGCCCCUGUUCCCCCGGCCUUCUAGUCACGACCACUUCCGCAUGGAGCAGCUCGUGUCGGAGCAAAUCCGACUCAGCCAGCAGGGCCUGCAGCAGGGCCUGCAGCAGGGCCUGCAGCAAGGCCUGGGGCUGGCCGCCAACGCCUCCACCAUCGCACCGCCUCCUCCGGUCUCCCCUUUUGGUCCGACGUCGACGUCAGUGGCGCCCACUUCGACGCCGAGCAGGCCUUCCACCGGCGCGCCACCAGCACCCCUGAAUCUGGAACCGCAGCUGGAUUUUUACUCACAGCGGCUGCGGCAGCUAGCGGGCGCAACGAGUCCCGGGGCCGCAUCGGCCUCCACCGCCAACGGGAGCUCGCCGUCACCCUCCCCCCGGCAGGGGCUGCUCACACCCCCUUUCUCGAGCAGCUCAACGCCCGGGGCCGCGCCCGCCGCCGCGACUCCGCUCUCGCUCAACAACUCCAAGGACAGCAACAACUCCAACAGCACCUCCUCCAGUUCCUCUACCGCAGCCAACAACAAUAACAACCACAGCGCGGUCAACAACAACAACAGUAGCAAUAACAACAACACGAGUUUGCUGAACAACAACACCAGUGGAGAUAGCGAUAGCGAGACUCGGCCUCCCCGGCCGCAGUCGCUGACAUCCCCCGAAAAGCAGUCCCAGAUGGCUGAGACCCCCAGCAACCCCGCCAUGGCCGCGGCCCUGGCCGUCACCAGCACGCCGCGGUCCGCGUCCACGCCCCCGGACGGCGACAAGCCCACCGACUUCUCCCUGUCGGCCAAGUCCCUGACGGGCGUGGUGGACGACGACGGCCACGACGGCGAGCGGAUCCACGGCUGCGAGUUCUGCGGCAAGAAGUUCCGCUUCCAGAGCAGCCUGAUCGCGCACCGCCGCGUGCACACGGGCGAGAAGCCCUACAAGUGCUCCGUGUGCGACCACGCGUGCGCGCAGCACUCCAAGCUCAAGCGCCACAUGAAGAUCCACCGCCUGGGCCGCGACGCCAUCAACGGCAGCGAGCACUCCGCCGACCAGAUCUCCAACGCGGGGUCGGUGGAGACGCUCGAGGACGACGACGAGGAUGAGGACGAGGAGGAAGAGGAGGAGGACGAGGAAGAAGAGGAGGACGAGGAGGAAGACAUGGAGCUGGAAGACGAGGACGCCGACGAUGAUGACGACCUCGGUGGCGACGCACCCGAGGACCUCACCACCAAGUCCAACUCUUCGACCCCGCCCAACAACAACAACACGAACCUGGGAAGUGACAAGAACGCCGGCUCUCCCAGGCCGACGCCGUCGUCCACGCCCCUGGACAAGGUGCCCACCGGCUCCCUGGUCGGCGAGCUCAUGGACAAGUUCGGCCUGAACCACAUCGCGCAGUACAGCGAGGCGUACAAGCAGGCGCUGCAGGAGUCCGUCAUCGGCCCCAACCACCUCGGCCUCAAGGACGACCUGCUGCACCGAUCGCCCCUCAGCCUGGGCGACAACAACAACAUCAGCAAGCUGUCCCGGACCUCCAGCCUGGAGAACGGUCUCCUGGAGAAGUCGGCCGCCGCCCUGAGGUUCAGAGAGGAGUUCGCCAAGAACAUGCUGGCCGCCGGCCAGCCUCCUCUGGACCUGGUGGGCGGCCCGCACGGCAUCUUCGGCCCUGGCACGCCGUUCGACAACCCGUUCGACACGGCCAGCAAGCGGCUCAAGCUGGACCUGGAGCACGGCAACCCCUUGGGCAGGCCCGGCGACCGCACCGACCUGUACGCGGGGCUGUGGCUGCCCACCUCGCACCACCUGUUCCCCACGGACGGCUCCAUGGACCUGCUCGGCUCGCGCAAGUCCAGCGACCUCCUCAAGUGCAGCAACGGGCCCAAGGCGGGGCCCAGCGCGUCGUCGCUGGCCGCGGCGGCGGCGGCCGCGCUCAACCUGGGCCUCCCCGUCAGCGCGCAGCAGCUCAAGAAGGAGGGCCGGCGCAACGACACGUGCGAGUUCUGCGGCAAGGUGUUCAAGAACUGCAGCAACUUGACCGUCCACCGGCGCUCGCACACCGGCGAGAAGCCCUACAAGUGCGAGCUGUGUCCGUACGCGUGUGCGCAGAGUUCGAAACUGACGAGGCACAUGAAGACGCAUGGCCGCCUCGGCAAGGACGUGUACCGGUGCCGGUUUUGUGAAAUGCCUUUCUCCGUUCCCUCCACGCUGGAGAAGCACAUGCGCAAGUGUGUUGUGAACCAGAACGCCAAGGGCGGACACCACUUCCUUUCCAUGAGUGGCGACGAGGACUCAAGCUUGUCAGCAGCCAAGGAGCCUCAGUGGGAACAGGGUAGUCAAAUUGACGUGAAAAUGACAUGACGCGAUUCUCGUCCGAGUGAAAUUUUUGAACCUCGGACGGCGUCGUUUUGGCGUCACGACGCUCAACAUUUCUGAGCGCGCUCACAAUGGUUGGGCCUUGUGGCGGCGAAACGAUGCUGCCGUUUUAACGUCAAUUUGACUACUGUGUUUCCUGGGGACUCUCCUGAGCCCUGUCAUAAGUCUGAACAAGUUACCGGGGGGUUACGUGAUUGUCCGUUGUUGUUGUUUUUAUUUGUGCUGUGUGAUCUAGAGCGACCGUGAGGAUUCGCCUGUAAAAUGUUGCGCGAACCAAAGAAUAUGUACUAAACCUGAAGCUCCCCAGACACUUUCCCAGUGAGGCGGUGAGUCGGGUUGGUUCGGCGUCGAUUCGAAACGGACACCGUAUGAUCGACAUCGCACCAACGCCCACCCCUCGCUGCAGCCUCGCUGGGCCGAACCGAACGUUCUGAAAUGAACGAGCGUUUCCGCGCGUGUGAGGGCAGAGGGUUGCUUUUACUUCGUCGACUUGUGCCUUGCGGCCAAUUUGACGUCGUACUGUACUUUGUACGCGUUUCGGCGCCAAGCCCAAGUUCCUAAGUGGCUCUGUGUCCACGUUUACCUCUUACUUUUAGGUGGUUUGCCUCGUGUUCCUCGUGCUUUGCUUGGUACAACAAGCAGAAAAGUGCCAAGUUGUUGAGCUCUCGAACCUAGCGAUUCGUUGACGCGUGAGAGAGACCAAAAUUAUAAUUGUGUAGUUAUAGUUAAAGCAAGUUUAAGUUAAAGUUUAAAGUUAUGAGGUGUGGAUUUGGUGUAGCCUCUGUGUUAAGCGAACGAUGUUGUUACUCCUGUAACUUAUACCAAAGCAAAGAUUCAGAUAUCAAUCUUGUAUCUAGGGUGAUAGACUAAUUGAAAAAGAUACAUCACUAUUAUCAUUGAUACCGUGUGGUUUAGGAGACCCAAAAGUUGUUAAAUUUUUUAAAUCUUUUUUUUAAACUUUUCAUUGUAUCUCACCAUUGUCAUUCAGGUAUUCCAAUCCAAGCGUUGAUUUGCUAUGCUACUCUUUGGUUUGUUCGCUAUUGAUUGUUUAUUGUUCAUUUCUGCUCAGGUAAUCCUGUUUUGUUUAUUAAGACUGAACUGGUCCAGGAGUGUCACUUUCAGCUCCAAAAACGUAAAUUGUGUGAUUUUACUAACACGUUUUUGCCAAAAAUUAACUUAGUUUUUGUCAAUGUUUUUAUUUGUUUUUGACUAACCCUUUUUCAUGUAAAUAUGUUAAAACAUUUUACUCUCCACACUUGUUCAUGUUUUUGUUAGUUAUAUUCUUUGUAAUGAAUGAAAUUAAGUUUGGCAUAUCCGAUUUGAAGGCUAGUUCAGUUUCAAAGUGUAUGCAUGAAGUUAUGCUACACAUUGUUCCUAUUUACUAUUAUUUAAUUUAAGAAAGCUUGGCAUGUUUGAUUCCUUUACCUAUGUCAAGUCACUGGUGAAAAUUUUGCUCAAUGCAGAGCUUGUAAAUGAAUUCUGUUUGGUUUUAACAACAGUACAAAUCCCAUAGUUGAACAAUAUCAUAUCGAACAUUCCGCUAGUGUGCAUUUAUUCCCAUGUAAAAGGGCACAUUGUGUCACCGUACAAUUCCAUUCGAAGACUGCUGUUGUAGAUGUAGUGGUUGUGAUUGACCUGUACCGUUCUGCUCUGAGGCGCGCAUGGAUACUCAGUACCGGUGACGGGGCGUAAGCUUCAGGAAAAGAUUUUAGAAAUGAUUGUUUAGGGAUCAAGUUGUUUUUGUUUUGUUUUAUUUGUUUAUGUGUAAAGAGUGUAUAUGAAUGUAUGUAUGUGUACAUAAAAAUCGAUUUAUGAAAAUAGGAGCGGCAGUCGUGUACUUUAAAUAUGGCCAUUCACUCACUGCUCGCAAACAGUUGUGGCUUUGGUCAUAGAAUAUAUUUCGAAAAUAAAGUUUAAUAUCUUGUCUUCAAUCUGUCGUAGCCAAUGUUAUUUCGCCAAUUUCAUUUCCCUGUUAAAAAAAAAUCUUCACAUGCUUGAAAUCAAUUUUGGUUAACUAAUUUGCCAGAAGUAAGUUUUUCAUCAUUUUGACAACAAGAUCAAAAAUUCUACAUCACAAUAUUUCAGUCCACUUCUGAAUAAACAUAUUAAUGACCUAGAGGUUGCCUCAAAAUAUCAUUACUGGUUUCAAGCAUCAAAAGAAAUUUAUUUGCAUAAUCAAUUGAGUAGUGAUAAAAAAGGCAUAGAAACAAACAGGACUAGAUCACAUUUUGACAACAAUAAAAUCUGGAUCAAAAACUACUAUGAGGAGACAAGUGUCUUACUAGUGACACUUACUUUUACAGGGUAACAAAUAAAAUAGUCUCGUCAUUACUUUACCUGUUAGAUAGGAACAUAACUUAGAGCCAAUUGUACAUGCUGCCCUUGCUCUGCACUCCCAAGGGGACAGUCAACAUCUUUUUUUAAAAUCAGGGUUAUCAGAGAAGCUUGGCUCUGUCUUGAAUUCCUUUCAAAUGUUCACUAAGCUUUGUUUUAUGUUUAGAAAAGCAUACAUAUUUAAUUUCUCUUGACAAUUGAGUAGCCUAUCACUUUAUAGGUAGAUAUCUUUUAAGCAGAUAAAUGUUUGGAAUUUUUACAAACCUUGCUUAGAAGUCAUCUUAAGUAGUUAUGUGGAAGUUCCCAGGCACGUCUUGAUGACACUAAAAUAUUUGUCUAUAUUUAAAUUAUAUUAUUGAAAUCAUAUUUUAGUUGAAAGGGACGUUUCUGGUAAUUUCUACAUUUAUAAAUUAAAAUUUGCAUAUCUCAACCUUUGGACAAAAGUGUAAUGUCCUUUGUUCCUGAAUGGCUCAAAGCGUUUUGCUUUUGGCUGUGUUGUCAUGUGGUCAUUUGCUAUCUUAAAAUAUGGCAUGGAUGUACCUUCUUAGAUUAAAUUAGAAAAUCUUCGAUAGGUUGGUUGUGCAGAAAUAAACACAAACUCUUAUUGUGUAAUGAAAAAAAAUCCCAUACUCUAUAGUUUGUAAUAUAUUUUUCAUUAUCCUGCCCAUGUCUUGUUUGAAUGAACAUACAAAUAAUUAAAUAUAUAUGUUUGUAGAAAAGUGUGAACCACUAUUCUUGUUUGUGAAGCAGUGAUGUUGGGGGUGGCUUCUUCUCCUCACCAGGAGGGAAGACAAAAUCAAUUUUUAAAAUGAUCGAAUAUUGCAACAAAUUGUAUAGCAAAAGUCACUUGUAUCAUAGAGGAGAAGAUGAAGUGUAAAAGAAUUUCUUUUGUUUUAUUUUUCACUGUGACUCUUUAUUACUAAUAUUAUAAUUAUUAUUUAUUUGUAUAUGUAUUGUACCAUGGAAAGAAAUUACAAAGUUGUAGUAAA